ACGCCAUUAUAAUCAAGAUCUACUAACAUUUAAGUGAUGAGUUCAAGUACAUUAAUACCGACUGCAGAAUACUCGGCACCAGAUUUAAAGGAAACUCAUAAAUUUGAUGUUGGUAAUGGAGAUCAUUCUACUGAUGGACAAACAACACAAAUUUCAGAUAUUGUUAUAAAUGCCGGAGGUGAAGAUCGUGAUAAACCAAGUGAAGCUAAAGAUACUCCAUUGGGACAUUUGAGAGCAAAAUUGACUACUUUACAGGAUCAAGUGAAUGUGUUUUUAACUGAAAGAAUGAAGCAAGAUAAAAGUAAGAAUGCUCAAAAGGAAGAAGAAGAUAUAGAAAGACGUAUUCUUGAUGAUGGUGUUGAUGAAGAUGAUAGUGAUUAGCUAUUCUUACCAUUAUUGAUAGAAUGCUUUGAUUUCUCUAGUCAACUUUAACUACUGGGUUUUUUGUUGAUUUACUCGUCAUUUAUUAUGAGUUAUGAUAUAUG